GGAUUCUUGAUUCGUUCCCGCAUUCAGGUUCAAAGAUUCCUAUGUACGACCAGACUUACAGGUACGACCAGACCUACAGGUACGUACGUACGGUACGUGAAUUGCGAUCACAACUAUCACAAUGCGCACAAAGGACAAUGCAAUGAUCGCGCGAUUCUCACUCACGCUACAGUACCGUACGUACCGGUACAUUAAAAUAAUAAUAUCAUUGGGUCGGAUGCCAAACGUACGUCAGACAGAACAAAGAGAACAUCCUAAUCAUGAACAUAUGGUAUCUCUCUUAAAUGGAUUGUCCGCGCGCCACCACAUGGACGUUCUCUGAUAGUUUUGACGUUGGGAGCCUCUUCGUUUUGGUUUUCGUGAAAGCAUCCACAGAAAACCAUCAACGCACGAUGGUUUCGCUCUGGCAAACAAAAUCGACGCCGCACCAAAUCCUCGUCGUCUCGUCGGAGCUCCUCCGAAACCGCACAAAAAGGCUUCCAGCAGCCUCUUCUUCUCCGAAGGUCCUCGGAUCGCUAAUGGCCGACGCAAACCAUGGUUUUGUCUGUUUCUUUUCACGAUUGAAAAUGGUUUUACGAUUAGAAAUGGUUUUGAAACCAUUUUCUUCCGUAACAUUCGUACCAGCCCCACGCAAAUGGUUUCCGUUUCGCAACUGGUUAGCGAUGUAUCAAAACCAGUUCGAAACCAGUUCCUCUGUAACAACACUACCAGCCCUACGUAAGAUGAAAAGUCGUAAAUCUUGCGUCCUGUUGAACUUGUACCAUGAUCUACUCGAAGAUCUUGCAAUCGCAAUCCAAAAAAGUUACUUUUCUCUCAUUCCGGUCCAUUUCGACCCACUUUGCUUUUCAUUUCUCUCUUCUCACAAUCGCAUUCAGAGGAUGAUCACCUCAGUGUAAAUGCCUGAAUCAACCAGCGGGUAGUGUUUGGGUAAGGGAAGUAGCCUGGCAAAGACCAGGACGCUUGGGGGAGACGACCAUGCAUGCGGCAUGGAAGUCUCUCAACGUGUAACACCCCUCCCAUUCACCAUGAUCCUUAUUUAGCUGGAAGACAGGAUAGUCGUAAGUGGAACCCUGAGGGGCGGGAUAAGGAUUGGGAACCCAUGGCCGUUGAACUGGAAAGAGCUAGCCCUUGUUGCCGCUAGCCCCCUGCCAGGCGGAAGACCAUGGCCAAUCCGACUCUAAAUUGAGUGCCCGCCUUAAACAAGGCCCCGACAAAGCAUGUUAAUCGUGAUCUGGACCACACCGCCGGGAGGCGCGCGGUGUGGUUUCGCACUCUGAAGGUGAGGGAGAAUGUAAACGCCAGUGUAAACCACCAAGGGCCGUAGACCAUUGCAUAGGAAGUAGCCUACCACAGAGGGGGACGCUAGGGUAAAAUCUGAUGAGCGAUUCAGCAGAUGGAAACCUGACAAUCCUAUAGCAAUGGGGCUUCAACUUGGCGGGCUGGUUAGUCACACGCAAAAGCGUGAGAAGACAGAUGCAUGGAUAUUAUCAUAUCUGGUUAAUAAGGGUAAGGUAGGGGUAGCGGUAGCCGUGCCUAGCACAGGGCCGACCCCUCCGCCCGCCGGAACAGUGUCGAAUAGCCUGUGGGUACACAUGAUCAUCUUGUCCUGACAUACAUUCUCUCUCUGGGCACCGAGGCAGUAGCCGAGGGAACCUAAACAAGCAACAAAAAAAAACAAAAAAACAACAAUCAACCAACGAAGCGGAGCGGAGCAACGGUAAGUGACGGAACAGAAAUUGCGGCGGUCGGGGAAGGGACAUGGGACGCACCCGGCGGCACGGGAUUUCGACACCGCCUGCGGCGCGCACGCACCGAGAUGGUUCGUCGAUUCGAUUCGAUUCGAUUCGAUUCGAUGCAAUGCGAUUCGAUUCGAUUCGAUUCGAUUGGAUCCCGGCCUUGCAGGCACCUUCGCCGUUGCCGCCGUGGAGGCAGGCUCUCUGUUUGGCAGCAAACCCCGUGCCCGGAAGAUCAAGGCGAAAGGAACGGUGCAGGCGAGGACAACGUGCGGAACGCAACAUUGUCGGAACGCAGCGUUCGUUGCGGAUUCGCAGCAGUACCAGACGAUCCGAUGGGGGAAACAAACGAUCGCGCAUUCCCGAUGCGCCGUACCGCAAAUGCUAGCACUUCGGAUGCCGCCGACCGGGCCUUCCUUCGAACAGAUCCGGGCGGCGGAAAGUGCUGUGCAAUGAAAUGCCCAAAAGAGCAAACGCUUCCAAAUGAAUGCGAUGGGGAAUACUAAGAGCAGAUGUUUCCUAAUUACAACUAUCGUGGAUCGCAUCGAUCCGAAACACCACCGGUUUCGUCUCAUCCCCGACUCGCAUUAUCAAUAAUUCGCACGACAGCGCCUUCUACCGGUCCGACGUACUACUCUAUUCCUGUAUCUUUCUCAUAGUCCUUCCGGGGAUAUGUCGUUUCAUUUUUCUGUGGUAUAGCAACGCAAAGCCGUCUUUCAAGAUAAUAUUCUGUCGUCAAAGGGGACAUGCGAUUGCAUUGCAUUGCAUCGAAUCGUAUCGUAUCGUUUGUAU